AUGUCUACCAAAUUAUAUAACAAGAUUUAUGGUUUUUUAACAACUGCUGAAGAGAAAAAAAUAAAUGCAAUAUCAAUUGCUUAUCUUGGAAUGAAAGAAGAUUGUUGGGUUGAGAAAAAUGAAUUGAAAGCAGUUGUAGAAAGUGCUGUUACUUCAGCUAGCAAUGUAUUUGUGGAAGGCUCAGAUCAAAUUGAAAAAAAUAUAAGAGAAUUAAAAAGAAAACUCCAACAAGAAACUAUAGCCCUUUAUCAACGUUUAUAUUCUGAUAUAAAUAAAAUUCCAAUUCAAGAAUUAACAUGGAAAGACCCCCUAGCCGAUCAGAUCAUUAAAGAUGAUUCAAAUAUUAUUCAAAAGCUACCAGGAAAUCUAAAAAAAGCAUUUAUGAAACUGGUAAGGUUGAUGAAACCUAAUCAUAUACCAAAAGUUGAAAAUAUAUGUGAGGAGUUUAUAUCAAAAUUUAUACCUGAAAAAUCAUCAACUUUACCAUGUGGGUUAGUACAUGCAGGUGACUGGAAAGAGAAUGGGGGUGAACUUGAAGUUAUUACGUUAAGAAUUUUGGAAACCUUAAGAUCUAUUUGGUACGACCCGGCCUUUCGUUCUGAGUUCGUCGUUACAAUGAAUGAAGGUACCUAUGUAAAUAAUGUAAUUACCCCAUUAAUUAAUGCAUGUUUAUUUAAUAAUCCUUUUGGAGAAUCUGCCUUCAUCACCACUUUUGAACGGCAAAUUAUAGCAAGUGCUGAUAGAAGAGGGGAUGGGAAAGUAGGAAGACGGCCUGAUAUUAUGUUUACAAGUAAGGAGGAAUAUAAAUAUUAUGAAUUAAUGUAUACGGAAUGUUCUAGGAUUACUUGUACUGAUCAAAAAGAAGAGAAUGACAAUAUAAAAUUAUGGCGCGAGUGUAAUGAUGGUAUUUACUGGGCACAUAAAAGUCAUAGGUUAGAAAAGGGACAAUUUGGCAUUAUCGGAAUGCAAGUAGCUGGCCGUAAGUUAUGCUUGAAUGUUCUUAUUAGAGAUGAGGUCGAGGUUCACCGAUAUUAUAAAUUACAUGAAACAGAGAUUCCCAUUCGAUAUACUAAUAAUUCCUCCAUUUAG